UCGCGCGUGCGUGUAUAAAGCCGGGUUAUUUGUGCUCGAGCAGAUGUAGCUAAUCUUCGAGUCGGUGGGGAGGAAAGCUGACGGACAGCUGUACAUUAGACAGCAUCAGGAUGUGCGCGGAAAGACUUGAGAAAAAGAAGACGAUAGACUUGAGGAAGAAGCACAUUGGGCCAUCAUGUAAGAUUUUCUUCAGCCAUGACCCUAUCAAGAUAGUGCAAGCCAAAGGCCAGUACAUGUAUGAUGAAAAAGGACAGCGCUACUUGGAUUGCAUCAACAACGUGGCUCACGUGGGCCACUGUCACCCAGACGUGGUGAGGGCAGGAGCCCAGCAGAUGGAAGUACUCAACACCAACUCACGUUUCUUACACGACAACCUAGUACUCUACGCCCAGAAGCUGCAGGCCACGCUGCCCGACAAGCUGUCUGUGUGCUACUUUGUCAACUCUGGCUCUGAAGCCAACGACCUGGCGCUUCGUCUGGCAUGGCAGUACACAGGCCACAAAGAUAUCAUCACGCUGGAGAAUGCGUACCACGGCCAUGUCUCAUCGCUCAUUGACAUCAGCCCGUAUAAGUUCCACCAGCUGUCAGAUGCUGAGCAGAACCAAUAUGUCCAUGUGGCUCCGAGCCCAGAUGUGUACAGAGGCAAAUACAGAGCGGACCACCCUGACCCCGCCACAGCAUAUGCAGAUGAAGUCAAAGAUAUAAUACACAGAGCCCAUGAAAAAGGAGGCAAGAUUGCCGCUUUUAUUGCUGAGUCAUUGCAGAGUUGCGGCGGGCAGGUCAUUCCCCCCGUGGGCUACUUCCAGCAAGUGGCAGAACACGUCCGCAAGGCAGGGGGCAUUGUCAUCGCCGAUGAAGUCCAAGUGGGCUUUGGGCGUGUCGGCGCCAACUUCUGGGCUUUCCAGCUCCAGGGAGAGGACUUUGUGCCCGACAUCGUCACCAUGGGAAAGCCUAUUGGCAACGGGCACCCCAUGUCCUGUGUGGUCACGACCAAAGAGGUGGCAGAGGCCUUCACGUUUUCUGGGAUGGAUUAUUUCAAUACAUUUGGCGGCAACCCAGUGUCGUGUGCCAUCGGUCUGGCCGUCCUAGACGUGAUUGGGAAAGAGGAUCUCCAGGGUAAUGCGCUGCGUGUGGGGCGAUACCUGACCGAUCUGCUGGAAAAGCAGAAAGAGAAGCAUCCACUGGUUGGUGAUAUCAGGGGUCGUGGCCUCUUUGUUGGGAUGGAGCUUGUGAAGGACAGGUUGAAGCUCACCCCGGCUACAGCAGAAGCCCAAGAAGUCAUAUAUAAGCUAAAGGAACAGCACAUCCUCCUCAGUGCUGAUGGACCACAUCGCAAUGUGCUCAAAUUUAAGCCCCCGAUGUGCUUCACCACGGAGGAUGCUGACCUGGUGGUGGAGAAUAUUGACCACAUUCUCACAGAAAUUGAGGAAGCCAUAGGCUUGAAGUUGCACAAUGCACUGAAAGUAGAGAAUGAAAGCAGCAAAAGAAAGCUGCCCUCUGAUGAAAAUGGACACCAGUAUCACAGUGGGUUAGUGCACAACAAAAUGAGCACUCAAGGAGUUACUCAACAAACCAAACAAACCAAACGCCUCAAGACAUAAUGCUGCCUCACGUCUGAGCCGUCAAAUGACAACACUAUCUAUCUUAAAUAAUAACCAGUAACUGUAAGACAUAAUAAACUUUUGAGGUGACAAAACACAGGGGUGAAAAGUGAAGUGCCUCAUGUAACCUAAUGAAAAGUGUUGAUAAUAAUAAUAUGCUGUGUAUCUAUGAGAUUGCAGUGUGUUCUCAGGUAUUAUUUUUUUAAUUACAUCUCUCUACAUUCACACAUUCAAGCCACGUGUCUAACAUGUCUAUUAUUGUUUCACUUUGGUGCAAAAACAUGCUACACAACCUGUAUAUUCAUGUAAAUAAUUUUAAAUUUUUUAAUUUGCCAACAUUCACUUGACCACGAUUUUCACGGAAUCAUAAUUUGAAUUAAUCAAAAUGUAUUAUGUCAAAACAUGCAAUGAUAUUAGCAUUAAAAUAUAGUUUUUACUGAUUAUAAAUUGCUUGCUGUUGUUGAAAGUGUGGAACGGCAUUAUACAUUGUGUGGUGAGUCUGUAUUGAAUAAAAUACUGGAUGAAAAUA